UGGAUUUUGCAUUAGCAACGAAGGAACCAAAAAAAGAAAAGAAAAGAAAAGAAAAAAGAAGUUCUUUUUGCGCCCCAAAACUGCAGUUUCACCCCGCGCUCUCGUCUCUCACUCUCUCUUUCGAUUUCUUCAGCAUUCAAUACAUUUUUCAAAUCGCUACCACCACCGUACCUUGCUUCGGAUUUUCCCUCUCCAACAGGAUUUAGGGUUAGGGUUCAUUUCUUCAUAUCUCCUCCUCUAAUUCUAAACAUGUAUGCUGAUCGAUUGGAGGCCGAUAACCAUAGGUCUAUAAAGGACCGACUCAAUGGAAACUCUUCUGACCUUUCUGCCCGCCGCCGGCCGAUUACUGGGAAGAGGCAGAGACAAGAUGACAAGUGGGAGCAUGAUCUCUAUGAGAAUGAUGAACCACAAACUUCAAAUCGCAGAGUUGGUGCUCGGGAUCUUCGCUUGAAGCUCCAAAAGAAAAGUCAACAGCAGAGUGGAAAUGCACCUUUUUCAGGAGUGCGGGACCUACGUGAAAAGUUAUCUGGCACAAUGAAACCACAAGCUGCAAAAAAUGAUCCACCAAAACCAAAAUUAGAAGUUACAAAAGCGCCACGAAAAAAUGAUGCUAUCGAAGCUCAUCCUUCAACCACUCAAAAAGCAGUAGCCAAGUCUGCUACUAGGAAAAAUGCUGCUCAGAAGAGUGAUACAUCAGUGGAUGACUUCCUACAGUCCUUGGGUCUUGAAAAAUAUUCCAUUACGUUUCAAGCAGAGGAAGUUGAUAUGACAGCGCUUGUACACAUGGGAGAUGAUGAUCUCAAGGCUUUAGGGGUGCCAAUGGGGCCAAGAAAGAAGAUCCUUUUGGCAUUGGAAUCAAGAGUAUGAAUCAUGAAAAGUGGCUUGAGCAAGUACCUCUUGCGGGUGUUUGAUUUUAUACCAGCUGUGAGACUGUCAUGAACAAGUAGGGCCGUCUUUCUUUCGCCAACCAUUGUAACUCUUGCCCCUUUUAUCCAUUCUUUCUUUUCUUUUUCGUUUUUUUUUUCUUUUUUUCUUUGCUUUCUUCCAGUUCAUUAUUCAUGUUAUAAUGUAACAUGUUAAGGACCUUGAAAUGUUUAGAUAUUGAUGGAAAUAUGGGAUUUAGUAGUAGUAAUGGGUAUGUCUUUAGCUGAGGUGUAUGCAACUCUUUUAACGCUUCCAGGCCUCCAGCUUUUGUGGUGGUGCCUUUCAGUGCUCAAAUAUGCUGGACUUGAAUUAGUUUGUUCAAAAGUUUCAACUUCCAUA